AUGGAAAGCCUGUACUUCAGUCAUAAACCAGAAACCAGCAGCAAAAAGAAGGUUAUUCUUGGAGCUUUAGCUCUUAUAGCUAUUUUAGGAGUUGUUGCAACAUUGUCUGCUAAUUCAAGCAACUCAAAAAAUAUUCUUCUCCAACAGUAUGAAAUCGAGGAGCAAGAGUUUCAAGGAUUCAUUGCUAAAUAUAGCAAAGUAUACGAAAGUGUAGAAGAGUUCAAUGCUCGCUUUAAGAUUUUCAGGGAUAAUAUCGCCUAUGCAAGAAUCCACAAUACCCUUGGAAAAAGCUAUAUACUAGGCCAAACCAAAUUCUCUGACCUCACCCAUGAAGAGUUCAAAGCUCUUUAUACUAGCUCAUAUACUCCUAGAGGGGUUGUCCUGAAAAUACCCCUGGCCGCAUCGUUUACACUGUACUUUAUAUCAAUUAAUUAGCAAAUUAAGUUGUUUCUAAUGAGACAGAUGCUCUGGUAAAUUGAGUGGCACUAAAUAGGCUAAUUAAAAAUCUGUUAUUAUAAUAUGCUCUGCAAUAUGCAAUACUCCAGUCUAUACUGGUGCAAGGUGUUGCGCAGAAUUUUACUGCUGAAGUUUCGAGACAUGAUACACUAGUACAAGUUUUGAUACAGAAUGUGCUAGUAAAGUUUUGAGACAUGAUGCGCUAGUGCAAGAUUUGAUACAGAAUUUUGUAGUAAAUGCAGGAUAUGUUGAUUCAUGAUGCGUUGGUGCAAGGUUGCAUAAUGCCCUGGUAAAUGCAGAAUGUGCUAAUAAAGUUUUAAUACAUGAUGCGCUAGUGCAAGGUUUAUACAAGAAUGCUCUAGUGAAUACAGGUUGCGUUAGUACAACAGAUAUGCAGGAUGCUCUGGUACAGGAUGUGUUGAAUGUGAAUAAUAAGUGGUUUAAAUUGUAAAUAAAAAUAAAAUAAAUUUUCUUCUUGCUUCUUAUGUUCAUAAAAUAUAUAACAGCUGUUAAAGUAUUUCUACCUGAAUAUAAUAGGGUAGCUAAUAUAUUUCUUACAAAAUUUUCCAAAAUACUGUUAGCAAACUAUUGCUUCACCAUUAAAGAGCCUAUAAUCCCUUUAAAAUCUAAUCUUAGUAUUUAUUUAUUAAUAAAUAUAAGGCUUAUUAAUGCUUGUAAUGCUUUAUCUGAUAACUCAGCUGAAUUUUUCCUCGUCUUUAGGCUUUUUAUUGGUGAUGAUACUUUCAAUACAUAAAUUUAUGAUUUCUUUAACAAAUAAAGAUAAGACUAUAAAAUGACGGAAUUGACUUCAGAAAUUGCGCGAAAAUUGGGUUUUAACAUUCCAAGUCAUGAAGGCGAAAAUCUUAGUGAUCAGUUAAUAGAAUUAGCUUCCAACGAUGAGGUAAUACUUCAAUCUGUAGCAAAAUGGUUCAAAUUAGGACCUCUUAAAGUGUCCAUGAUAAUCAGCGAAUAUAUAAAAAGUCAAAAAAAAGUAGAGAUGAACGAGCUGUACAGCAAAUUAUGUCUGAAGCUGAUGAAAAUAAUCUAGAUUCAAGAAACAAUUUUAUGCCUGUGCAUGAUUUGGAAAAUCCAGUAAAUAAUGAAGAUGAGUCAGACAAAAACAAUGAGUCACAAGAAAAAGCUUCAGAAAAUUUAAGCAAAGUUAAUUUACAGGUAUCUCAAAUAUCUAUUGCCAAUCCGCAAAUUAAUUUAGAAUCUGACAAUAGACAAGCAUUUGAACAGCAAUUAGAGGCGCACAAAAAAGAAGAAGAAGAAGAAAAUAUCACGGGUGCAUUUAAUGUUGGAGACAAGGUAAAUUGCACAAAUAUAAAAGAAUUUCAUAUUAUUAUAAAAAAAGAAAGCUCUACAGGACGACAAAGCCAAAAUUUAUGUUAAAAGAUCUGAUUCUGCAAAAAAGUUGAUUCAGUUUGAGUGUUAUUUUUCAAGUGAGCAUGCUAAUAUUCUUUUUCCUUCUAUUAAGCCUGAAUUGUUUUGCAAGUUCAAAAUGAGUUGAAAGUAUACAUUGGAUUUAUUAGAGUCAUAUACUUUUGAGUGCAUACAUGUUCAUCAAAAUCAUAAUCAUAAAGGAAUUCCGCAAGAUCAGUGUGAUAAUUUAAUUGAAUGCGAAUAUUGCCAAAUAGCAUCAAAGAACAAGUGAUCCAAUAUUAUAUUGAAGGAUUUACAAUUAGGCAGAUACAGUCUAUGCUAAGCGCAAAUGAUGAUUUUAAGAUAUCAAUAGAGAAAUUAUACAAUGUUGUAGAAUAUUAUGCAAAAACUCAUUCGGAAAAUUUCACCUUUGAUAGAAUAAUAUCAAGCGAAUGUCAUCAUACAAAUGCAAUAAUUGAAUUUGAUAGAGCCUUAAUGAGAUUUUUUAUUACAGAUUUAUCAAGAAUAGAGAUGUGACAAAAAUUACAAGAUGUGAUACUUAUAGACAGUACAUAUAAGGUUCAUGAAAGUUUUAGAUCUGCAGUAUUUAUUUUAACUGUAGAUCCAUAUGGAUCUAACUAUGUGCUAGCAAUGGCACUUACAAAAAAAGAAACUGAAAACGACUAUUCAUGAAUAUUUAUGAACUUUCUAAAACAUUUUCAGAGUCCACAAAUAAUUUUUGUGGAUCGCAACCAAGCACAGUAUAAUGCUCUUAGUGAUAAGUUUAGAAACUCAAAGAUAAUUUUUUGUUUAUGGCAUAUUCAAAGGAAUCUUAUAACAUACUUGACUCCUUUACAUAUUAGCGAUUUAAAAAAUAUUGAUAUACAGGGUGUAAGCGAUGCGGCCAUUUUCAGGACAGCCCCUCCUAGAGAGCAAAGACCAACUACUGAUGACUCUCCACUCGAAGUUGUCUAUUCAAAAUAUGAUUGGAGAACCCAGCGUGCAGUCACUCCAGUUAAAGAUCAAGGACAAUGUGGCUCAUGUUGGGCCUUUUCAACGACUGGAGCUGUUGAAGGAGCUUGGGCUAUAGCUAAACGUUCCCUUAUAUCGCUUUCUGAACAAGAGUUAGUUGACUGUUCAUCUUCAUAUGGCAAUUUAGGAUGCAAUGGCGGUGUAAUGGACUACGCUUUUGACUUCGUUAUUGAUAAUGGACUUACCACUGAAAGCAACUAUCCUUAUACAGGAUCAGUAGGACAAUGUCAAACUUCUCUUGAAGCAAAAGUUGCAGCCAAAAUCAGUAAUUACGGAUAUGUUUCUCCUAAUUCAUCAAGUACCCUUAUGCAAGCAGUUGCGGCAAGGCCAGUUUCAGUUCUUGUACAAGCCGAUCAGCCAGCAUGGCAACACUAUGUUUCAGGGAUUGUAUCAAGUGAUUGCGGAACCGGAGUUAAUCAUGCUGUCCUCGUUGUUGGGUAUGAUAUGGCUGCCAAGCCACAAUAUUGGAUUGUGAAGAACUCUUGGGGAACAAACUGGGGAGAGCAAGGAUACAUUAGGAUCGCUGCUUCUAAUGGCAAUGGAGUAUGUGGCAUCAAUAUGUAUGCAUCAUACCCUAUUGUUUAA